AUGUCACAGAUCACAGAAACACGUGUGUGACAUGUCAUGAUGACAGUUCUGUAGUAAAAAGCGUAGAUAAGAGAUUUAUAGAAAAAAAAUUAAAGAUAAGGUUAAUUUGCUGUUAUUACCUUGAUCAGAACUUGACAGUUAUUCGUUUUGAUAAUCAAAGCAGUUUUCAUUUAAGAAAGAAACCGAUACUGAAUUAUGAAUGUUAUAUUGAAAUGGCUUUUGCCAUUAUUAGUUUUCAUCAACAUAUCGUAUGCUGUACGGACAUAUACGAAAGCUGAUUUAAUUAAAUUGAGAGAAGAAGUCCGGGAAAUGUUUUACCAUGCUUAUGACAGUUAUUUAAAAUAUGCGUAUCCCUAUGAUGAAUUAAGACCUAUUAGUUGUGAUGGUAUCGAUACAUACGGGAGUUAUUCCCUAACACUGAUAGAUGCACUGGAUACAUUAGCUAUAAUGGGGAAUUAUUCAGAAUUCCAGAGGGUGGUGGAUAUUCUCUCUACCAAAAUUGAUUUUGAUGCCAAUAUUAAUGUGUCUGUUUUUGAAACCAAUAUCAGAAUUAUAGGAGGACUUCUCAGUGCCCAUCUAUUAUCUAACAAAGCUGGUGUUAAAUUAGAACCCGGUUGGCCUUGUAACGGUCCUCUUUUAAGGCUAGCAGAAGAUGUGGCAAAAAGAUUAAUUGUAGCAUUUGAUACGAAAACUCGAAUGCCAUAUGGCACAGUCAAUUUACACAGCGGAGUGCCAAAGGGUGAAACAACUGUUACUUGCACGGCUGGCGUUGGAACUUUUAUUGUUGAAUUUGGAACAUUGAGUAGACUUACUGGAGAUCCUCUAUAUGAAGAGGUGGCAUUAAAUGCUUUGUAUUCCCUUUUCAAUCAUAGAUCUCAACUGGGCUUAUUUGGUAAUCAUAUUGACAUCGACUCUGGCAGAUGGACUGCUCAAGAUGCUGGCAUAGGAUCGGGAGUAGAUUCAUAUUUUGAAUAUCUGGUAAAAGGUUCGAUUUUAUUGCAGAGGCCCGAACUAAUGGAAAUGUUUUAUGAAUCGAGGAAAGCGAUAGAUAAACAUUUAAAGAAAGACGACUGGUAUAUGUGGGUUUCCAUGACAAAAGGACAAGUAACAUUGCCUGUGUUCCAGUCAUUAGAGGCUUAUUGGCCUGGUGUAUUAAGUUUAAUAGGAGAAACGUCUAAUGCAAUGCGAACUUUACACAACUACCAUCAGGUGUGGCAGCAAUACGGCUUUACUCCAGAAUUCUAUUAUAUUCCUCAAACUGAAGCCGGUAGCAACAAAGAAAGUUACCCUCUUCGUCCUGAGCUAAUUGAGUCCAUAAUGUAUUUAUACCGAGCUACAGAAGAUCCUUACCUGUUACAAGCAGGGGAAGAUAUACUAAGGAGUAUUCAACAUAGUGCGAGAACGCCAUGUGGAUAUGCAACGAUAAAAGACGUUCGAGAUCAUAAAAAAGAAGAUCGAAUGGAAUCGUUUUUUCUAUCUGAAACUACAAAAUACUUGUUUUUACUCUUCGACACUGACAAUUUCAUUCAUAAUCAAGGACAAUACGGUACAGUAAUAGAUACUCCCUACGGAGAAUGUGUGAUAGAAGCUGGCGGAUAUAUUUUCAACACAGAAGCUCAUCCGGUGGAUCCUGCAGCAUUGCAUUGUUGUCACAGUGGUCCAAAUAACCACAUAUUUGAUUUUAAAGCAUUACAGGAGAACAAAGGGCAGUUUAAGGGAGAAACCAUUAAAGACCGACAGAAUCAGUCAAAGAAUGGGAAUGAAGAAAAAGAAGAAAUUACAGUACCAGAAGAGGAAUUGGGUCCAAUAACAACGGAAUCCAGUAACAGUUACGUGAAGUUGGAAGAUAACGAUAACAUUAGUCAAAAAAUUGGUAACGGUAAUAAGGAAUUCCAAGAAAAUGCUUCUCUGGAAUUGGACGAAGUGUCUGCGCCUACGGAAGUUAAUCAAAUAAUUCUGAAUGAAAAGAAAUUCGAUGUUCAAGAAAUGCUAGAAAGGUUUCGUAAUGAUAGCGGAUUUGCAAGGAAUUCCACUUGGGAAAAUAAUUAUAAGCUUUUGAGUUGUAAAAGUCAACCGUUUCUACAAAAAUUGUCGAUAUUAGGUGAAUUUUUUAAUAAAGUAAAUGAAAAGUAAAAGUA